AGGUACCAUGUACUUCGGUACCUACCAAAUCAUCCAUGCAAUCCUCUCCAUUUUCGGCGUCGGAAUCAACAUUUUCCUACUGUUUCUGGCACUGACCAAGUCUCCGAAGAUUAUGCGUCCAUGCUCUGCUCUAAUCACCAACAAGUCAUUGACUGAUAUAAUGUCUUCAGUGGCAAACUUUUUUGUUAUGCAAAGAAUCCUCACCGACGGAUCAUCAGUCACCAUCAUACCGACCGGCCCUUGCACCAUGAUUGGCCCAACUGCUUGCUAUGCAGGUCACAUGUUUAUGGGAAGCUUUUUGGAGCACAACUUGAUCUGGCUCAUUGCUUGUUACCUAUUCCGUUACUAUAUCCUCUAUGUCUGUGAUCCUUCAAUCAAAAGCAUCAUCUUCGCCGCAUUUCUUGUCUAUACCCCGAGCUUUGUUCACAUGGCAAUGUGGAUUAAGUUGUUCGAUGCAGAGCAGAUGGAAAUUAAAAUGAAUGAAACUGAACUUUUUGCCAACGAGCUGGAAUUUCCAGAGAUGCAGCUAACCGGCCGUAUAGUGUAUUGGAGUUCAAUUGUCGUCUACGUUCAACUCGUGUUCACAGCGCUUUUGGUUGUAAUCGCCUACACCUGGAUAAGAAAUGUGCUCAUUAACUUUCUCAUAAGCAUGGGAGUCUCUCUCUCCAAGGAUGUCAAGAUUAUCAAUCGGCAAUUGGUUAAGAUCCUAACAUUCCAAGUGUGCAUUCCCAUCUGGAUCUUCCUCGGUGUCUUCUUCUUCCUCGCCAUGUACACCCAAUCCACUCGACCCGACACUCUACAGUAUGCCAUCACAAUUUCUUUCAUGUUGGCUCCAGUUGUCUCACCAUUUGCGUACAUCUUCUUUGUACCCCAUUACUGGAACUUUUGCAUUGGCAAGAAAUAUGUUGCUCCAGCAAAUUCAUCGAUUUGUGGAACCUCGGCGACUUGUGGCAGUGUGGAAAAGAAAUCUGUGGCUUGAUAAUGAUUAUUUACUUGGAACUUGUUGAAUGAAAAAUCUUGGAAUA